AUGACCAUAGCGACCGCAUUCAACUCAAGCAGCUUCAAUCCAGGCUCCUUCAUCCUACUGGGAAUCCCAGGGCUGGAGCAGCUGCACAUCUGGAUCGGGAUUCCCUUCCUUAUUAUCUACCUUGUGGCCCUGGCAGGCAACAGUGUUCUUCUCUAUCUUAUUUUCAUGCACCGCAACCUCCAUGAGCCCAUGUUCUUUUUCCUGUCCAUGCUGGCUGCUACAGAUCUCAUCCUGUCUAAUACAUGUGUACCCAAAACAUUCAGCAUCUUCUGGCUGGGUCCUCAGGAGAUCACCUUUCCUGGAUGUCUUACUCAGAUGUUUUUUCUCCACUCCAGCUUUGCCAUGGAUUCUGCUAUAUUGCUGGCCAUGGCAUUUGAUCGCUAUGUUGCUAUUUGCUUCCCCCUACGAUACACUUCUCUUUUCACUUAUCAGGUUAUCAUGAAGAUUAUGGUGGGUAUCAUCAGCAGGAGCUUUUGUAUCAUCUUCCCAUGUGUGUUCCUAUUAAAGCGACUGCCAUUCUGCAGAACACUUACCAUUCCCCACACAUACUGUGAGCACAUUGGUAUUGCCAGGCUGGCCUGUGCAGAUAUUUCCAUCAAUAUCUGGUAUGGCUUUGCUGUGCCUGUGCUGACUGUCACUUCAGAUCUGAUCCUCAUUGGAAUCUCCUACAUUCUCAUCCUUCGUGCUGUCUUCAAUCUUUCAUCCCAGGAUGCCCGGCAGAAAGCCCUCAGCACAUGUGGUUGCCAUGUUUGUGUCAUUCUUAUAUUCUACACACCUGCCAUAUUUUCUGUCCUCGCACACCGUUUUGGUCAUAAUAUCCCCCACUCUUUCCACAUACUUUUUGCUAAUCUUUAUGUGUCCAUCCCUCCAGCAACCAAUCCAAUCAUCUAUGGGGUGAAGACUAAGCAGAUUCGGGAUAAAAUCAAACUACUCUUUUUCCCUAAAGGAAUAUCGAGAGCCUGA